AUGCGCGCGGACGAGCAGCGCGAGGCCGCACGCGCGGCGGCGGAGGAGGCCUGGGUCGACGAACGGGUGGCCGAAGGCGAGUCUCGCCGCGUGCUGGAGGUGACGCCGCCGGGCGACGCAGCACACUGGGCCGAGCUCGUCGCCUCCCGCCCUGUCGAUGGCGGCGGCGGCGAGCGUAAGCCCGACUCAACGGGCACGGCGCGGUGGCACGAGGCGCUUGCGCCGUGGGGCCUCACGCUCGCUGCGGCCGGCGCAGUGGGCGGCGGUGGGCGUGGCUUGGUCACAACGCGCUCCUUCAAGCGCGGAGAGGUGCUCAUGCGCGUGACACCGGCAGUAGCAGUCGUGAGUGGUCGUCACCUGAGUUCGCGCUGUCACCACUCCCACGCCACCGGUGGUCGCCUGCUGGUUUGCUCGCGCUGCGGCUGCGCUCGCUACUGCUCCGCCGACCACCAGCGAGCCGCGUGGGCGGGCCACCGCGACGAGUGCGCGCUGCUCGCGCAGACUCGCCCGCGGGUGCCGGGCCAGACGGUGCGGCUGCUGGCGCGUCUGCUCGCGCUGCUCCGCCGCUCCGCCGGCGCGCCUCCGCCCGAGGACGCGGGCGAAUGGGCGAGGAGCGCCGCGGCGAUCCUGUCGCUCUCGCACCAGCUCGGUGGCCAGCCGGCGGAGAGGUGUGCCGAGUUCGGGGAGCAGGCGGGGAUGGUCUGCUCGCUGAUCCAGGAGGCUGCGCGGAGCGGCGGCGGCUGGGCGGGGAGCAGCGAGAGGGUCCACCUGCAGAGGGUCCACCUGCAGAGGGUCCACCUGCAGAGGGUCCACCUGCAGAGGGUCCACCUGCAGAGGGUCCACCUGCAGAGGGUCCACCUGCAGAGGGUCCACCUGCAGAGGGUCCACCUGCAGAGGGUCCACCUGCAGAGGGUCCACCUGCAGAGGGAGAUCGGCAUCGGCCUCUACCCGCUCGCAGCCCUCGCAAACCACGACUGCGACCCGACGGCAGCCCAGUCCUUUGGUGCGGCGGGCAAGCUGACACUGCGCGCCCUCCGCCCUCUCGCGGCCGGCGAGGCGGUCACGAUCGGGUACGUCGACCUAGCGGCGGCCGCAUCCGAGCGGCGGCAAGCGCUGCGCAGCUCCUACCUCUUCACCUGCGAGUGCCGCGCCUGCGAAGAGGCCCUCGCCCCGACCCCCGCCGCUCGCAAGCGAGAGGCGGCACGCUGCGAGGCGGCGGCCUCCUUGCGUGAGGAGCAGCGGGCAGAGCUCGCCGCAAUCGACGCCGCCGACUGGGAAGCCGCGCUGCGCCGCUCGACCCGCGCCGCAGAGAUCGCAGCGUCGCUCCUCCCGCCCGGCGCCCCGGCCCUCGGGCUGCAGCUGCUGCGCGCGGGCAGCCUCCGGCGGCGCGGCUGCAAGCUGCACGCACACUGCGGCUCGCUGAGAGAGAGCGUCGGGUACUUGCGCCGCGCCACCGAGGUGCUGCAGGCGGUGCACGGCGAGGCGGCGCCUCUGGUCCGUGAUGCGGCCGAGAUGCUCAGAGGGGCUCAGCUCGAGCUUGCUUACGGAGACAACUCGGCAGCUAGCUGAGGCUGCUCUCGCGCAGUGGCGUGUGGGCUGUGUGUAGAGCGGCUGCGUGCAGCUGAGCCCCAGGUGUUCUCGUGUUCUCCCUGCACCCUGGCGGUUGUGGUUCGCGUUUCCGUCCGGUGAGUCGUCCACGAGAGAGAGCGUGCGCCAU